AGCCUUCCCAGUGUAGAUCCUUGAUACAGACUUGCAUGAGACAUUGCUGUGGGCUCUAGGCCUCCAGCUGGACUAAUGGAGAACAUUGCCAUAGGCUCUAGGGCUUCAGCUGGACUCAUGCAGGACAUUGUCAUACAAUCCAGGCCCUCAGCUGGAUUGUUUGGGUCUGUAGCACGUGGAUAGAUCCUUCACUCCUCUGCAUUUGACUUUUUGGGUGAAUAUUUUAAAAUAAUCCCAUAAAUUAUGUGUCCUGUACUAAAUCUAUUCCCUUGCAAACCCUGACUACAACAGACUUUAAGGGUUGGAUGAGAAAGAUCUUGAAAACAGUCAAUUUUUUAGCCAGGUGUAGUAGUGCACACCUGUAAUCCCAGCACUGAGGAAGCUGAGGCAAGAGGAUUGCAGUGAUUUAGAGGCCAGUCUGGACUGCAUAGUGAAACCCUGUCUCAAAAAGAGAGAGUCAAUUUUAAGAAAGGCUUUUCCUGGGCGGAUUUAGAUAUCCACGAGCUAUUUCAUUUUAGAAUGCUUGACUGGCAACUAUAUGGUCAGCCUGUUUGGAGCAAGCAUAACCUUUAAUAAUUGCUAGUCCCAUGUUGGAAGCAUGGGAGGAGGGGGCUGGUGAGGAGCUGCAAUGAUCUAAGAGGAUGCUGGGAGAGAGCAAUUGGAGAACCUGGGCAGGAUAAAACAGAAUUUUGUGACUAUUGAGGAGAGAGGGGAAAAUGUUAAUUAGAUUAUGAGACGGUAAACCGGUUGAUUAUGGUGGUGGGAGGUAAGUCUGAGUAAAGUGACGACUUCUCUCAUCUCAAAGGCAUUCUAAAUUAUCUUAAUAAACAACAGUAGUCUGGGAAUAAGUAUAAUUCACACCACUUCUAGGUUCAGGAAUAGCUUAUCUAUAUACUUAAAUUAAUGCCUUUUGUCAUCCUCUUUGCAUGACUCUGAUAAAAGAAUACUAACAGAUUUAGUACAGGAAAAUUGGGUUGCUUGAAAAAUAAGGCACCAGCUGGUGGGUCGAUUCGCCUUGGUGUCGUAAAGGCUAAAUAAAACAGGUAACGUUUGGCAAGGAGCAGGGACUGCAUGUGGAUCUUCAUUUCCGCCCACGCUCGCUGGCCGGCACAAUCACUACAGAAAAGCGAUCUGCGGUAGUGUCUUCUGCAACGUCUACGGGUACAGUCCCAGGGUCUCAGAUAAGAGUACUACCUUCUGCAGGGGCCACAUUUCGCAAAUGCUGUGGGGUGAGCGGAAAAAUCCAACUUCCUUCGGAAAAACGGCGCCCACUGCGGCCGUGACUCCAGCGUCAAUCCCAGCCCAACUCCCUAGGGCAGCUGCGGUUCCGGGCAGCGGGGGUGGAGUGGGGUGGGGGUGGAGCGGCUUGGAGGUUUGGGCAAUGGGCGAGUCCACUUCUUGGCGUCUAGCAAUCCACUUCCUACGGCAAGCAGCAGGAGCCAAACGCCGCCGCUCUUCGCUUCCACCUACUGCCUCUCGCCAGAAACGGCCCGACGUACCCCUCCGGAAGCGGCAGGGGCCGUGUGGAUAUGGCGUAAGAUAUUUCUUCAAGACUGGACCUGGUGACCUGUUAUUUCUGAUAUCUUUAAGCUGACUUACAGACAAAGAGAAACCUCACAGAGUUCCAUUUUUUUUUUUUUGCUAUACACCUUUCUUGGCACCUAAGUUCACCUUGCAACCAUGUAUGGGAGUGCUCGCUCAGUUGGGAAGGUGGAACCAAGCAACCAGAGCCCUGGGCGUUCACCCAGGCUUCCACGCUCUCCUCGCUUAGGUCAUCGUCGGACCAAUAGUACAGGAGGGAGUUCUGGAAGCAGUGUUGGAGGUGCCAGUGGCAAAACCCUUUCAAUGGAGAAUAUACAAUCCUUAAAUGCUGCCUAUGCUACAUCUGGCCCUAUGUACCUAAGUGACCAUGAAAACGUAGGUUCAGAAACACCUAAAAGCACCAUGACACUUGGCCGUUCUGGGGGACAUCUGCCUUAUGGUGUUAGGAUGACUGCUAUGGGCAGUAGCCCCAAUAUAGCCAGUAGUGGAGUUGCUAGUGACACCAUAGCAUUUGGAGAGCAUCACCUCCCUCCUGUGAGUUUGGCAUCCACCGUACCUCACUCUCUUCGUCAGGCAAGAGAUAACACCAUCAUGGAUUUGCAGACACAGCUGAAGGAGGUAUUAAGGGAAAAUGAUCUCUUGCGGAAGGAUGUAGAAGUAAAGGAGAGCAAAUUGAGUUCUUCAAUGAAUAGCAUCAAGACCUUUUGGAGCCCAGAGCUGAAGAAAGAGCGAGCCUUGAGAAAAGAUGAAGCUUCCAAAAUCACCAUUUGGAAAGAACAGUAUAGAGUUGUGCAGGAAGAAAACCAGCACAUGCAGAUGACGAUCCAGGCUCUUCAGGAUGAAUUGCGGAUCCAGAGGGAUCUCAAUCAGUUGUUUCAGCAAGAUAGUAGCAGUAGGACUGGUGAACCUUGUGUCGCAGAGUUGACAGAGGAGAACUUCCAGAGGCUGCAUGCUGAGCAUGAACGGCAGGCCAAAGAACUGUUUCUUCUGCGGAAGACUCUAGAGGAAAUGGAGCUACGCAUCGAAACUCAGAAACAAACCCUAAAUGCUCGGGAUGAGUCCAUUAAGAAGCUUCUGGAAAUGUUGCAGAGCAAAGGACUUUCUGCCAAAGCUACUGAGGAAGACCAUGAGAGAACAAGACGGCUGGCAGAGGCAGAGAUGCAUGUCCACCACCUCGAAAGCCUUUUGGAGCAGAAGGAAAAAGAGAACAAUAUGUUGAGAGAGGAAAUGCACCGGAGGUUUGAGAACGCCCCAGAUUCUGCCAAAACAAAGGCUCUGCAAACUGUUAUUGAGAUGAAAGAUUCAAAAAUUUCCUCUAUGGAGCGUGGGCUUCGAGACCUGGAAGAGGAAAUUCAGAUGCUGAAAUCAAAUGGGGCUUUGAGUACGGAAGAACGGGAGGAAGAAAUGAAGCAAAUGGAGGUGUAUCGGAGCCAUUCUAAGUUUAUGAAAAAUAAGGUAGAGCAACUGAAGGAGGAACUAAAUUCGAAAGAGGCUCAAGGGGAGGAGCUGAAAAAGAGAGCAGCUGGUCUUCAGGCUGAGGUCUUUGCCAUUGGCCAAGUGAAACAGGAGCUUUCCAGAAAGGACACAGAGCUACUGGCCUUGCAGACAAAGUUGGAAACGCUCACAAAUCAGUUCUCAGACAGUAAGCAACAUAUUGAAGUACUGAAAGAGUCCUUGACUGCUAAGGAACAGAGGGCUGCCAUCCUACAGACUGAGGUGGAUGCUCUUCGAUUGCGUUUAGAAGAGAAAGAAACCAUGCUGAAUAAAAAGACGAAACAAAUUCAGGAGAUGGCUGAGGAGAAGGGGACACAAGCUGGAGAGAUACAUGAUCUGAAAGACAUGCUGGAUGUGAAGGAGCGGAAAGUUAAUGUUCUUCAGAAGAAGAUUGAAAAUCUUCAAGAGCAACUAAGAGAUAAGGAAAAGCAGAUGAGCAGCUUGAAAGAACGAGUCAAAUCCCUGCAGGCUGAUACCACCAACACUGACACUGCUCUGACAACUCUGGAGGAGGCCCUUGCUGAAAAAGAACGGACGAUUGAGCGCUUAAAGGAGCAGAGGGACAGAGAUGAGCGAGAGAAGCAAGAAGAAAUUGAUAACUACAAAAAAGAUCUUAAAGACCUGAAAGAAAAAGUCAGCCUAUUACAAGGCGAUCUCUCAGAGAAAGAGGCUUCCCUGUUGGAUCUGAAAGAACAUGCUUCUUCUCUGGCUUCCUCAGGACUGAAAAAGGACUCACGGCUUAAGACACUAGAGAUUGCUCUGGAGCAGAAGAAGGAAGAAUGUUUGAAAAUGGAGUCGCAGUUGAAAAAGGCACAUGAGGCAACAUUGGAAGCCAGAGCCAGUCCAGAGAUGAGUGACCGAAUACAGCAGUUGGAGAAAGAGAUUUCUAGGUAUAAAGAUGAAUCCAGCAAGGCCCAGACAGAGGUUGACCGCCUGUUGGAAAUCUUGAAGGAGGUAGAAAAUGAGAAGAAUGAUAAAGAUAAGAAGAUAGCUGAGUUGGAAAGUCUCACCUCAAGGCAAGUGAAAGACCAAAAUAAGAAGGUAGCAAAUCUGAAGCACAAGGAACAAGUGGAAAAGAAGAAGAGUGCACAGAUGCUAGAGGAGGCCCGACGAAGGGAAGACAACCUCAAUGACAGCUCCCAGCAACUGCAGGACAGUCUCCGUAAGAAGGAUGACAGGAUUGAAGAACUGGAAGAAGCACUGAGAGAAAGUGUGCAGAUAACUGCAGAGCGAGAAAUGGUGCUGGCACAAGAGGAAUCAGCCAGGACCAGUGCUGAGAAACAGGUGGAAGAGCUGUUGAUUGCCAUGGAAAAAGUAAGACAGGAACUAGAGUCCAUGAAAGCAAAGCUGUCUUCUACUCAGCAAUCUCUGGCAGAAAAGGAAACUCAUUUGACCAAUCUUCGAGCAGAGAGAAGGAAACACUUAGAGGAAGUUCUAGAGAUGAAGCAAGAAGCUCUCCUGGCUGCUAUUAGUGAAAAAGAUGCCAAUAUAGCUCUUUUGGAGCUUUCAUCCUCUAAGAAAAAGACCCAAGAGGAGGUGGCUGCACUAAAGCGUGAGAAGGAUCGCCUGGUACAGCAGCUUAAACAACAGACACAAAAUCGAAUGAAGCUAAUGGCAGACAACUAUGAGGACGACCACUUCAAAUCCUCCCAUUCCAAUCAGACGAAUCAUAAACCCUCCCCAGAUCAGAUCAUCCAGCCCCUCUUAGAACUUGACCAAAACAGAAGUAAGUUAAAGUUGUAUAUUGGACACCUGACCGCCCUCUGCCAUGACCGAGACCCCCUCAUCCUUCGUGGACUCACUCCACCAGCUUCCUACAACUUGGAUGAUGACCAGGCAGCUUGGGAGAAUGAGCUGCAGAAGAUGACCCAGGAGCAGCUUCAGAGUGAGUUAGAAAAGUGUGAGCGGGACAAUGCAGAAUUGCAGGAGUUUGCCAAUGCCAUCCUUCAACAGAUCGCAGACCACUGCCCUGACAUCCUGGAGCAGGUGGUCAAUGCCCUGGAAGAGUCAUCCUGACCCUGCCGUAUGGGAAGUGGCCAGCCGAGCCGCUGAGAGAGUCAAGGAGCCAAGAAAGGGAAACCACAAGGAGUAGGCGUCCAGAAACGUCUCGCACCAGACACUACAAACUGCAUCCUGUGUUGCUCACUUGAAGAAGUGUGGUCCCGGCCUGUUUCUGCAUCUGUCGUCUUACGCUGCCUUUCUGCUGUCACUGUUGUGUCUGCAUUAAUUUUCUUGGUGUCCAAGGCAGCCAGAUGGCUGUGUCUCCGUGAAGAACUGACCUCCUGUCAUCAGAAGUGGGGAGCUGUGGAAGCUGGUGCUCUACCCUCAGAGGGACAUGAAAUAAAGAGCCCAUUCCCUGCUGUCCUCUGACAGGACAGCCGCCUCUGGGAUCUAUCCCGAGUUCAGCAUAGUGGGAGAGUUCUCACACUGGAGCAGAGCGCUGAGUGUUCUAAUUUCACAAUGGGUGCUUUCUCCCAAAGGGUAAAAUGAUUUCAAAAAGCAUAGAAAAAGAGAUGGGGAAACAGAUCAGAGACAGAGACAGCCAGCCUCUCCUUUCACUCUCAUUUGUUUGUUUUUCCUGUAUAGUGAUUUAUAGGCAUUGGGGGCAGAGGCUGACCUGCGCUGGUUUAGCUAGCACUCACCUCCAAGUGUGUCUUCUCCCCAGCCCUGACUGUCUCAUCUUCCUUGCUCUGUUCCUCAGUUAACAGGAGGAGUAUGUGAAUGGUCUUUCCCCUGCUCCCUCUUAAGACCCUUGAUCUUCCCCUGCUUCACUGUUAGAUCAGAUAUCUCUGACUAAUGAAGAAGAAGGCUUGACAUGUUGGGUGCUGUCGACACCCACUGCAGCCUUACUUCUCCCGAAGGUAAUGUUCCUUGGGGUCAGGCUAGUUUCUUCCUAUAACUCCCAGAAUACCACCUGCCUCCCUGCACCCACACCCAGCUCCUACAGCACGGUAGUUUCUGAAACACGCAAUCAUCUUUGACACGCAAUCAUCAACAUCACUCUUCACUUUGCCCUUGCCCCGUGUUCUCAGAGUCCAGGCCUCAUUCACUGCCGGAACCGUCUUCUGGUGCAAAUGAGUCUGUCUUACCCCACACACAUUCCAUCCUGCAUUCCUUCAUUCAGAGAUUAUUUAUGAAAAUCCCUACUGAGUGCAAGUCAAUGUGUCACAUACCCAUCCUUGAAAAUGUCUCCUUUCAGUGAGGGAAAGGUAUGGUAGGUUCUUCGACACACACUUGGUUAAGUCAAAGCGGAAGAGCAUCACACCUUUCCGUACCCGCUCUGAAUAGAAAGUAGCUUUUCUAGAAAAAUCUCACAACUCAUCAUUUCUUGUAAUAAAGGAAGUGAUGGGUUUGGGUUUUCGUCACCUGUUUGUAGUAUUCCAUUUGAUGGGCCAGGAUUUGCUGUUUGUUGUUGAUACCCUUAAAGAGUAUUCUGUUUAGGGGACUGUGAGUACCUACUUGUAGAGAGUGAUUUUUUAACGUGGGACUGAGAACUCAGCCAGCUUAUGCUGAAAUCAGAAAGGUAUAAGUCCAGAUGAAGGAAUUAGAAUUUUGGAGACAUUUUUCCCAAGUAUAGACAAUGGCAGUUGUAAAUAAUUAGGCACGAAGAAAUAGACCACUUGACCCAAAGCUAGCCCUCUGACCACCUCUGCUACCAAAAAUCCUCUAAACACUUUCUGGUAAGAGUUGCUGGAGUAAAUAUUUUUGUCUUGGUUCUCUUCUGUCCUUUCCCACUUCCCAAAAGAUUUCAUGCUGCACAGAAAGACCUCACAGCCGUCAGUCUAGGAUCUCCCUGCCUGUCCCAUUAACUUACAUAGUCACUGCUCUCGCUCCCCUGCUUCCCUGCUAUAAAACAAUCCCUUUCAUGUGAGAAGCUGUGGGAUGUUCCUUAUUAAAGGCUUUACUGGGCUCUGUCCAUAAACCUCUCACCAUGAUGUUUCUGCUGGAGGGCUGGCCAGAGGAGGUGCAGGGGUUAGAUGGUAAGUGGUGGUCGGUGGUGUUGUUACCUCAGUUCUGUUUGUUUACUUACUGACUGCCCAUAAGUCUUGUAGAAAGUACCCAGUAUUGCAGGGCUGAAAUACUAGAGUCUCACUUUGCCCGCCAUAGUGUAAGAAACUAAGGUGUGAUAAUGGCCUUUACAGGGCUGCAGUGGAAAAGAGAAAGUAGAAGCGGGUCACGCCCAAGGCAGAGACAGUCAUGGCACGAGACAUGUCAGGCAGGCUCCCUGGACCUAGCCAUCGGCUUUGGUCACCUAAUGCAAUGCCUGCGGCUCUGGCCCUUUGGUAUGUGGCUCUCACCGUUCCUGCUGUCUCCUCUUCAUCCCAGCCUCCCGGAACACUUCCCCUUCAGAAAGACAGGUGCUUCUGGGAGGAAAAAUUUCUGGGACAGACAUCCUCUAUGCAGCCUGCAAGAAAUUUCCAUAAUCUUUCUUGGGUAGCAAUCUAGCAGCUCAAAUGAUUCUGGGGACUGUUUGGCUAAAGUCUGACAGUAAACAUGGCCUACCUUUAUAUUGCAGGGGCAAUGUUAAUUCUUUUUCCAACAUUGAGAGUACCUCAGUGAGUUCCGAUCAUUCAUUGAGCCAACGUUUAUUAAGUGCACAACUCCCAUCACUCCAGCGUUUAUCAUUCCAUGACCCUCUUGUGUGCAUGGUAUCACAGGCCACUCAACUGCCACUAGUGUGUACAGCUUUGAGAACUCACUGCAAGUCUCCUGUAGUCUUUCAUACACAUCCAUUCUGUGGACAGAUCUAGUUGCCCUUUAGUACCUAAAGGUCUAUACCCCAAACCAAGGUCAUCAUGAGGAGGAUUAUGAGAAAAGGGGAUAGAAGCCACCUGGGGUGCAUCACUAAAGAAAUGCUGUGUUUCUCUUACCUUUUUACAUACCUAUAUCCCAGGGAGUCUUUGAGUUAACAGUGAGGUGUCUGAAUUGAGAUUUGCAAGGACCGGAAUACCACUUGCAAUGGGAAAGACUGUAAAUGAUCUUUAAUUAAGAAAUAAGGGAACCCCAAAUUUAUCUCAGAUCUAAACUUUGUCCUUGAGCCUCACAGUCUAAAGAAGAUCUAAGUGCAUCUCUUUUCUUUACAUUGGAACUUUAGAAAUAAUAGGAAAGCAGAUGGAAGCCAGGGCCACCUUCAGUGUUGCUAGAGGCAGUGUGACUUGCCACUUUUUAUAAUUAAAAUAAUGCUUUUCCAUGAGGAACUGAUUGACUCACCACUCCCCAGAGCGAGAGAAGAGGGAGAAGUCAUCACAGAGUCUUCAGUCCACUGCUGUCCUCAUCCCUGCCCCCUGAUGGUCGUGAUUGGCAUCUGGACUUGCUGAUCCAGGAGCCAUCACUCCCUCCUGUCUGACCACAUCUCUUAUGCAUAGGCCCAUUGGCUACUCUCAGGGUCUUCGAGGAAAGAGCAAAGCAAGGAAUGUGUCGCUCUAUAGAAGGAGGUCCUCGUGUGGCCUUUCCUACGCUGCAGCGCGCCCUGUGUCAGCAGUGUCAGUGACUUUCUUAUCUGUCUCCCUAACUUCAUGUCCCCACCUAUGAAGAGGAGCAAGAGGAGAAUGGACCUCAGCACGGGGAGCGGCCCUCUGUGACCCCAGCCCUCAAUCACUGCCAAUUCCUGGGUUUCUCAGGAAGGACUGGGACCCUCCAAAGAACAUUUUAAAAAAGAAUCUACGGUUUUCCCCAUGUGACAGAGAAUAUUAGCCAAAAAGAAAGUGUGCAUUAAGCGGAAUCCUUCUGAACAAAAUGGCUGUGUUUACCUACUCUUUUUAAGCAAAAACUUUCCAAACUUUUUAGUGUUAAACUAUAACCAAGUGUCUCCUGAUUUUUUUUUUUUUUUUUUCAAUAUGUUUAGUGAGUGCUGUGACUCUGUUGUAGGUAUUUUUUCUCCUGCCCCUUUCAGGGGAGAAGUGGUUUUUGGGGUUAAUUUGGGGGAGUGAAUUUCUGUCCCUUCCCACCUCUUUUGUUUCUCUGCUUGUCAAUAUUGUCUGUGUGAUUCAGAGAAUUGGGGCAGUUACUUUGUGUCCUUUGUUGCAAAUACUAAAACAUUAAAAAGUAGCUGUAGAACUGAAAAAAAAAAAUCUGUGUUUUUAAAAUGCAAACCAAGACCAUGUUAAUAAAGAAAUUCAAGCUAUGAGGCAGCCAAGCUCCUCCCCCUCCUCCCACGCUGGCUGAGGUAUCGGCCAGGCCAGCCACUUGGGAAAUACAGUGACCACACUCCAGGUGGGUGGCUGCCUGCGUGUGGCUGACAACUGCCGAAUACGAGAAACGAGAAUCUAGGGGCGGGAAGGCUCUCAGUCAUGCCGGGAUUCUCCCAUACUUCCUCAGGACCUCUGGGUAAAGGUUUCAGAGUUGACCCAGAACUACCCUUACUCCAUCUAGGUCCCUGCCCAGUGUGCCUCGCAUUGUGUGGCAGCUGGAUUUGACUCCUUGGCCCCUGCCUGGCAGGCCACAGGACCUUUUUCCUACCCACUUGGUGCUAUAUCAUCCGGUGACCAUCCCAUAGGGCCGACGCUGGCCAGCCUGGAGCCUGCAGUCCAGGUGCAAUGAAUUGUUCUCAGAACUUGGUUCCUUCUGACUCAGACCCUAGAUUUCUUUCCCUUGAAGCUUUUUAAACCCAAAUCUCCCAGGCCCAGACUCACUCUCUUGGCCCCAGACAUGCCAGGGGCAGGAAAGGAAAUGAACCAUACUGAAGUGAGAACGCAUCCCUGGGCCAGAGUGAGCACUUCAGCCUGCCCCUCUUCCCGUGCCGUACCAGUAUUGCAUCUCUGAAACAGACCUGCCAGGAGGCACUUGCAGCCUGUCAGGCCGGCCUGCCCCACUGCAGGACAUCCAGGUGGGCACUUGGGAUUCACUCCCCUCUUUGAGAAGAGACGUGUUGCACUUUAGUGGGGAGCCAAGGAGUGCUGGGUACUGGCCCGUUGUAGCUUGAGUCCCUUUGAUAACAGUAGCAGCAGCCUAACGGUGUCUGUGAUGCAAGCACACCUACUGCCUUCAACUGUACAUGUGUGUGAUUACUGGAGUCUUGUUGCCAGCUGAAUAAGGACAUUCAAAGAGAUUGUGUUCUGUUCAACUUCGCCUUGUUUGUUAUUGUAAACACUUUGUUCAUUUUUUUUUCUUUUUUAUUCACAAACUAAAUCCAUCAGGAAAUUAUAAAGUUAUUUAAAAACUG